CAUGGCCGGAAUCGAUAAAGCGCUUUCGAUUAUUCGAACUCUGCCAAGAGUCGCUCUCAAUAACAUCAGGAACUUACCGGGCGCUGAUAAAAAGAAAAGAAUCCGACUGGGCAAGCACCAUGGCAUGAAAUGUGGUCGAGGAGAUGCAGGACAGAAUCACAAGGGCAACUUGCCCUACCUGGGACAUGCAGGAGGGGCAUCACCCUUCUACCUGAAAAUUCCCAAAGAACCUUAUUAUAAAGGGCAUCAUCUGAGGAGGGAGUAUCCACCCUUGUCGAUGUUGGAACUUCAGCGUAUGAUAGACCUUGGUCUAAUUGACCCAGAUGAGCCCAUCGACCUGUCUGUGAUCUGCAACACCAAGCGUAAAUCCCUUAAGCCACUGCAAAGACAUUAUGGAUUCAAUUUGACGGACGAGGGUGCUGACAUAUUUGAUGCCAAGAUCAACAUCGAGGUUCAGUGGACCAAUGAAGUGACCAUAGCAGCAAUCGAGAAAAAUGGUGGUACAAUCACAUCUCGGUUCUUCGACAUGGUUGCACUACAGGCAAUGAUUGAUCCUGUCGCCUGGUUCAAGAAGGGACGACCUAUCCCAAGAUGCAAACUACCGCCCCAGGAUGCCGUGGCACAUUACUCCGAUGCAAAAAAUCGAGGUUACUUGGCAGAUCCUGAUGAAAUUAGGGAGAAAAGAAUCACUUUAGCUCAGAAAUAUGGUUAUAUUUUACCUGAUAUAUCCAAGGACCCUAUGUUUGAUAAGCUUAUGUUGAGGAAAGAUCCAAGACAAAUAUUUUAUGGACUUGCACCAGGAUGGGUGGUGAACUUGAAGGACAGAAAAAUACUGAAACCAAAAGAUCCAGAAUUUAUGGAGUAUUAUAAUUCUUAGGGAUACAUAUUGGUACCAGUGCUCUUGUGACAGCUUUGCCCUAGAUUUUUAGUUGUGCUUCUUGGACUUGGCUAAAAUGUCUACAGUAUUUUACCUAUUAUGACCUCUACAUGCAAGAUGGGUCAUCAUGAUCAAAGAGCAGUGGUGAUUUCAAGUGAUUUUCCUGGUGGCAGUUAAAAUAGUCAUGUUUAGGAAAACCCUUUCUUGGAAUUGUAGUAAGUGUCAAGGUCAUGAAUGCUGACAUUUGAGGGGUGGAAAUGUAAUUGUUACUUUGUUUGGUUUGGAAGAAAUAAAUGUCUGGGUUUUGAAAGAA